AUGAGCACGGCGGAUUUCAGGAAUGCCUUCCUGAAAACAAUACGUCAAAUUAUCAGAGAAUCAGUGAGAAACAUGUCAAUUCCUUCUACAAAACCAGGAAGUGGACCUGGCAUUCUUCUAGUGACUGGACACAAAGCGGAAGGUUUAAGCAGUCAUACUCUCGAAAGACCAACUGCUAGACAUACUAUCGUUAUUGCCGGAGGAUCCCAUACUUUAGGAAAAGUGAAAAAAUCCAAACCCACUCAACGGCACUCUGCUGGAAAUAUAGAUUACGAUCAAUUAAACCAAGAUGGUGAUGAAAAUACACGGAACUUUAGAAGGAGGAGUAAGACUAUCACAGACGCACCAGAUACCAAAACGGAAAAUGAACAAGGUUUCAAGUCCGAGGGUGAAGAAGACUGCCAAUCGUUCAUGAAAACAAGGUCAUUAGGAAAAACACCAAAUCAUCUUACACUAAGCAAGACGGCAGUUACCUUAUUCAAUAAACGGAAUUCAGUGGAAUCUCCACCUUUGCUUUGCAACCAAAAUAGACCUUCCUCCAUCCCCAUACAAAUUACUGUACGAUCAUCACCUGAUUCUACAUUUGGUCCUUCGAGCAAGAAGGCGGACAAGACGUUCGUCGAAGCAGGAUUCAGUGCCUGUGCCAAACAGAAGUGCCUGUGCCAAAGAGAAUUGCCUGUGCCAAGGAAUCCUCACAUAAUUCAGACCCUGUGCCGAGAGGAAUCGCCCGUGCCAAGCAGUCAACACCGGAACUUAAGCGCCUGUAACAAACAGUUCACAACAAGGAAGCCGCCUAGGGUCAACUGA